AUGGUCAUCAUGGACUCGAUCAAGCGCACUGGCCCCUCGACCUGCAGCUCAACGGGCCUAGCUGCCGUAUCCGCGGGCCUGUCGAGCAACCAGAGCAGCACGGUGAAGCGAGAAUGCUCUACCAUGUCGGCAGUCAAGAGCGAGCCUGCAAAGGCCCCCACACUCCCAGACCUUUCCUCGGUACGCGCCAAAUCCGAGGGGGAUGGUACGCUGGGACUGGGCAUCAAGGAGGAAGACAAGGUUCGGGUAAAGGUUGAAGAUCGGAAGAGGCUGGCGGCGUCGCUGCCCGCCUGGCUAUGGCGACAUCGCAGAAAGCGCGCGAUGGCAGCGGCGGCGGCGGCGGCGGCGGCCACCAGUACCGGCAAGCGCUCGGCUCGGACCCGAUCCCGGACUCCGGCCGCAGCCACUUUGACGCCCGCCCCGACUGCGCACCUCGAUGCUGGCGUGUCGCAGCCGGUUCGGCCUGACUCAGUCGGCACGCCCGUCCUCGUUCCCGUGGACCGUGUCCGCGUCGGUGUCGAGACCAUCGACGUCGAUGCCGAUAUGGACGCCGACCUCAACGCCGACGUCGACGCUGCCGAGGCCGUCGUGGAGCGACGCGGUGAACAAAUCGAUCUCCGUUCGACGCAGGACGACAUCGUCACCCCACCUCCUCCGCCUCCCGCUUCGCAGCAGCGCGAAGAAGGUGCAGCCCAACGCAAUCCACCUCUCGACGCCAUCUCUGUUUCCUCCCGCUCCCCUCCUCCCUCGGUCAUCGACCUCGACCCCAACUCUGACGAUGACGACGACGACGACGACGGAAGUACCAUCUCAAACGUCGCGAGGUCGUCGUCCCCUCGUCUUCCUCCUCGAGAUGACGGUCGAGUUGCCGCCACUCCCAGCCCCGCCCCGCAGCAGCAGCAGCAGCAGCAGCCGCAACGCCGAUUUACGGUCCGCCUCACCCUGGAAGAGGUCGAGGGCGGACAGCGGUGGGCGCACACCGACUCGAUGCUCGUCGCCGACUCGCCCUGCGAAGGCGCCGAGAGCAAAAUGCAGCGCGCCUUUGAGAAGGCCAUCCGCGCCUUCACCAAGCUGUAG